AAAAGAGAAACCUGUAAGACCUCUGGGGAACUCUGUAAACAUUUAUUAUUGUAAGUUAUGUCAACUUUCACUUCUUUUUUCAGACAAGGACUCCCAAAACAUGCCCUGAGGCAUCACCCACUGCCAGAGCCACAAGCUCAGCUGUGCUCAGGCACCCCCAGGGCUGACAGCUAUGACCACAUCUCCAGGGAGUCUGAAAUACAGAAGGAAUCAGAGGACCAUUCCGUUGCUCCUGCUGAUGAUGGGAACCCACGUCCUGCCAGCCAGAGCUGUGCUGACACCUCCACUGAGGACAGCUCAGUCUUCUCUUGGGGCUAUGAUGAAUUUGACAAAGUUGCCACACAGCAAGUCCAGCAGAUGUUCAGGCAAAUUGAUGAGCUGCUGUACGAGCAGAAGGACAAUGUGCACGUGGAGGGGCUGCGGGAGGAGUGCCACCAGUGGGCAUCCAGCUUCCCUCACCUCAGGAUCGUGGGGAGGCAGAUAGUGAUCCCCACAGAUGAAGGCUAUGGAUGGUACUCGAGUUCACCUUCAGGCAGUUUAGCCUCCUCAGAUGUCACUUCACCACCAGAAGGAGAUUCUGAUGAGCUCAGUGUUUUGGGCAAGAAGGUCCCUCUUGCUGUCACUCCUGCUCACAAAAGGGCUGACCCUUCCAAGCCCUCGACCUUGCUAUCCUCAGACAGCGACGAGGGGGAAGAGGAGGUGAUCCUCUCCGAAGGGAUAGUGGAGGAAUAUUUGGCAUUUGACCACAGAGAUGUGGAGGAGGAGCUGCGUGAGAGGAGAGUGGGACUGUGCUCUGACAGAAGGAAACUGGGGUUCCCUCCUGUCUCUCCCUACUCCUGCACCAAGGACUCUGUGCUCACCUUUGUGUUCGAUGAUGUGUGGAGUGAAGUCCUGGGCUGCAUGGAAGAACUGAUCUGCAGGCACUGGGAAGGGUCAGCCUCUGAUGAUGAGAAGAACAUUGUGGCAGUAGAAGCCCUGAGAGCAGAUGUCAGAAGCCCUUUGCAGGCUGAUCCUCUGCCAGUGCUGUUGCCUCAUGUGCCACACACAAAGAAGCCCUCAGUGACAUCAAAUCUGGUGAAUCUCUCUCAAGGCUCAAGCAGUGGCUCUCAGCGUAACCUAAAUGGCUUGAUGGUGAUCCAUGGGAUCCAGUUGCACCAAAGGAAUCUGCCUUUGGUGGAGAAAGCACUGGACCUGGAUGACUCCCGGCCAGGUUCCAGCUCCAUCCUCUCCACCAGGACGUGGCCAAAUCGUGCUCUGGAGCUCAGCACAUCACCUCUGUCCCGCUGCAGCAGGAGGAGGAAUCCCCCACCACGUACCCUGCACCCCAUCAGCACCUCCCACACUGGGACCCCACGCUCGGGGGGAGCACGACUCCUGACUGCACAGGAGCAGCUGAGCUCACCCUCCCCACUGCUGCUCAACAGAAACCAUCCCCUCCCACCCAUCUCCACCAGCAACGUGGCAGAGCAUGGGCACUCCACAGGAUCCCAGAAGCAAAUGAAACCUCGAGGGAACUCGGGUCGUGCUCACAGUAUAACCACACAAGAAGAUCCUCACCAGCAGCUCCAGGAGCGAUUGCUCUUACCUGAUCCUUUCUCCAGGCUCAGCACAACCAACACAUCCUUGCCAGACCUGCAGCAUUUUGCACUGGAUUACAGCAAUCAGUCCUGGAUCAGCAGAGGAUCAGCAGCUUCAGGUCUUCAGCCUCGUGGUUCUGUCAAAGCCCAUGGUCGGAGUGGAUCAGGCACAAAAAGCAAACAGGGCUUCUGA